AUGUGCAACUCGCUGGUAGAUCGCCUGAGUCAGGAGCUCGGAUAUGCUGUCCUCAGGCCCUCGGAGGUCGUCGGCGAAUGCAUUGCGCUCUCCGAGAAGCCCCCCCAGGAGCCUGAUUGGCCUAUUCUGGCACGGAUGCGAGAACUCGGCAAAGAGGCAUCGCAGGGGCCGCCCGGCGUAUCUCCAGGGGUUCAAGCCGAGAUGCUCUUCCGCAAGAUUGAGUUGCUCUCGGCUCCGGCACCGAAACCGGUGGAGGAGGAAGACCCGAAGAAGAAGCCAAAGGGGAAGGAUAAGAAGGAGGAGGUGCCGGAACCUGUGAGGCCAAAGGGCAUCCUGGUGCUGGGAUACCCAUCGGAGCUGAGGCAGCUUGCAAGCUGGGAGGCGGCCCUGCGUGGCUUCACCUCCUCUCUGCUGCAGCUCAUGGAUUCCGAGGAGAGCCAGCAGGCCCGGCUGGGCUCUCUGCUGGCUCCCUUCUGGCUGGAGGGCGAGGCCACGCCGGUGGUCAAGGCCGAGGAGCGUGAGUUGGCAAAGGCUGCAGAGAAGGCAGACUUUGAUCCUGAAUUUGCUCCGCCUGUGCGCAUCAUCCGACUGCGCUAUCCCGAUGAGGCAACAUUGUUGGAGGCCGUCCAGAAGGAGGACAUGUCCGCAGAAGGGCGCGCGAAUGAAGGCGAGUCACGAUUGUGCCAUGGCCUGGAGGAGGAGAUGGCGACGAUGCAAUGCGCUGCAGACCAAGCCUGGUUGUUCGAGAGUGCGCAGGUCUUUGCGACAAAGCUCUCUGCUCCGCUCCACAACGUUCACGAUGUACUCGUGCAGGACGGUGAAGAAGGCGACGACAUCAUCCCGGCAGCAGAGGCAAUCCUGAAGCGCAUUCGGGAGCUCGUCGCAUUCUGGCACAGGCCGAUACUGGAAGUUGAAGCUGCAGAUGCAGAUGCAAAGCCCGAUGAAGCCGUCGAAGUAGCCGAGGCCGAGGCUGUGGUGGAAGCGGACGCGGUGCCUCCAGGAGCAACUGAAGGGGAUGAGCCGGUUGAGCCGCCGGCUCCGGAGGACGGAGCUGGCGACAAAGAGGCUGGGCAGCCGACCGAGGGCAAAGAUGAAGCAGAGGACUUGGAGCAGGAGGCAGUCAACACGCUUCUCAUCAAGGACAGUCGUCAAACCAAGGAGGCGUUCCAGAACCUCUGGCUGCAGAACAUGAGUCACUACCUGCUGGGGAUCCGCGAAACUCUUCUGGAGGUGGAUGACCACGCAAGCAGCUACUGCAAGGACCUUAUCUUCAUGCAGCGGAGGUUCCUUGAAUUUCUGCAGCGGCCUGAUGACAAGGCCCAGGUCCUGGAAGAGUUUCUUCGAGGCUUCCCCGUCAGGAACAAUGUACCGCCCGGGUCGCGACAAGCAGAUGAGCUUAGCGAGCAGCUGCAGGACCUUGCAGACAGGCUCUGGGUGCAUGCGAACUUGCGCAAGCAGGAGGCUGUGGAGGAGCGCUACCGUCAGAUGACGGGCGGUUUCUGGGAAGAGAAAGCCGCGGCGCAACUCAGAUUGGCGCACAAGCUCCAGGCGGCCUUGGCACAGCGAGAUGCCCGACAAGGUGCCCAGCAAGGAGCUGCCGCAGGUGCCGAGAUGGCCGAGAGGGCCGAGAGGGCAGAGAGCAUGACUGCGCUUCAAGGGUCGGCGGCCAUCAGCCUGCACUUAGAGGAUGCUGCGCAGCUGCGAGGAGGACCAGUGCCAAUGGUGCCCUGGUAUUCUGGCAGAAGCGGGGAUGCCCCUGUGCUGGCCAAGGUAGACAACGAGAAAGUCAGAAAAAUGCGGGAGGAGUUCGAAGGAGCCACUGCGGAGUACAAAGUGCUCUCCCAAGUGGCCCUCGGUGGCUUGAGCUCAGGGGAGGGAAAGUCGCUGCAACAGCGCUUCAAAGAACUCGAGCAAGCCUGGGGUGCUUUCCAAUGGAAUCAAAAAAGCAGAAGCGAUGCACCUUCCACCAGGGAGCAGGUGCAAGCAGCCUCGGCAGCGCUGGCCCACGCGCACGGACGUUCCAGCGGUACCGAAACCGGAUUGGAUCUAGAGCAAGAAGUGGAAACGGUUCUUGCAGAGCUCUGGGACACGAUAGAGAAGCCGCCGAAGCAGAGGGAUCAGGCAGAGGAGGAGGUCAACCCAAUCGCUGAAGAAUUGGACAGGUUAGAAGCCUUCAUUGAGGCCAGAAUACAACAGGAGGAGCGUGCAGAGCAAGAAGGCCGCCGCGAGAAGAGCCGACCGAAUAUGGAGAUUUGUGAGGCGCAGACGGAGGCCUUGCAAGACAUCUCGGUCAGGUUCCAAUCAGCAUACCCAAGUGGCAUGGAUGAGGGCACAGGAGGCACGCCCAUGACUUCCAAUGCUCUGCCAGAAGAGUCGCCAGUGUUACCAGCAGCAGUUCACUUCGGCUCGGAGGUUCGCACGCUUGCCAGGGAGGUUCAGUCGGUCUCCGCUAAGCUUCACCAGGACCAUGCGAGAGGCGGACCGCCGAGAGGUCACGUCAGCUCGAACUGGAUUGGAGAUCUCGCUGGGGGAAGUGGCCCGGCCUUACACGAGCGAGACGAAGCGUGGGGCAGCGUUUUCAUCCCUGCGAGGAGCCCAGUGGCCAGGCAGAGGCCGCGAUUUGGGCACCUGCAAUGA